AUGGCGGACAACCGGCCAGAGAGUGAUUACGGCUCGGAUUUCGAUGCUGAAGAAGAGGACAUCCUUGAUCAACUCCUGCAAAGCUUGACGACAGGUAUCGCUCUGCAAUCAGCCAUCAGUGGGUCAAAUUCUACUCUGCAGCCCGACCUCCUUGCCGCAUCGUCACUCCCGUUCAUCGAGAACACUCCAGGUCGCGGCUAUGGGUCGACGCUUGGUCCCCAAGCUGUCCGGCUUAGCAAUCUUGAACCGUAUGGCUUUGCGAGGACGUCCUUAUAUGGCCGGGGUCGUCCUUCCAUGUAUGCGAUUGAGGACGCCAUAUGGCCCACAUCCUCGUCGCAGCGUAGCAUCAGUUACCCGGAUUUAAGCCAUGUUGUUUCGCAAAUGGGACCUGGUGAUGCACCCGCGGCAGAAGGAACAACAUCUGAGCAGAAACCUUCCGACUUGCCCGCUCUCUGCUCCCAGCCAGACCCCGCUGAGGAUACUAGGAGCCCAAUUGAGCGGUUUCGGGCCUUUCCAAAGAAGCCGCUUACUGUUACCGACUUGUAUUCUGGAGCCUGGUGUGAGCUGCAGUAUUGGUAUACGCUGACCCGAUUGCCAUUCGGCAGGAAAACGAGGACUGCCGCAAUGCGCGGCGGGACCAAGGUCCACCAAACCCUCGAGGAUCAGGUGCACACUACCGUCCAGAUCAGCAUCGCCACCAAGGAGGAAGCAUUCGCCUUGCGACUGUGGAAUGUAAUCCAAGGCCUUCGGACACUUCGCGACACGGGGCUCACCAGGGAACUCGAGGUUUGGGGUGUCAUCGAAGGGCAGGUCAUUAAUGGUAUCAUCGACGAAGUUAGCCACACAAGCCCAAAUGCCGGGCUUGAGCAAGAGUUACAUCAAAGCCAAUCGUCACAAGGAACAUCACCAAAACAUCCAUCCAUUGCCACGUACUUUGAUCCUCACCGACGCCGCGCGUAUUUAACGGACGUUAAGACUCGAGGGAGCAAUAGCCUGCCGUCCGGUGCGGCCCUUCGACCGUCCAAGAUUCAACUCUCUCUUUACCACCGCCUUCUUUCAGAUCUGGCAGCUGGGAAACUUGAUUUCUCUGCUAUUACCUCUCGUUAUGGUCUUCGAGACGAAAUGCGCUUCUCAGAUACUUUCAUGGCCCAGAUUGGCAGCCUCCACGACGAAGUUUUUCACAACGAAUCAGAUGGAGACAGUCCAAAUAGUAGCACUGGAUAUCCCGGCCCAUCCCCAACUCGGGAACCUCAAGCAUCAACAUCGCUAGACCUGAUCCGGUACCGCUCGAUCCAGCAAAUCCUACCCCUACUACGAUCCGAGUUGCGUGACACCUUCCCUCAAGGUGCAGCAUCUCUUGGGAAACUGAUUGCAAUUCAAUAUCGCCAUCGGGACGAUGGGCAUAUAAUCGGCCACCAAGUGUUUCCGGCAGAUUCGGAAGCAUUGGACAAAUACCUAAAGCAAAGCCUAGCCUGGUGGCUUGGGCAAAGAAAGGCUGAAGGAGUACCGAUCGAGGAAGCAUACAAGUGCAGGAUGUGCGAAUUCGCAGAGACCUGCGAAUGGCGCAAGAGCAGGGAGGAUGAAUUUCUGCGGCGGAAGCCCAGGACGCAGAUCUCCCGGGCGAGCAGUGGGCUAUGA